AUAUUAGAACGGAUUCGACCAAUUGAACAGAAAAUGAAGAGCCAAGUGGAGAAACUCCUAUCUUCCUCCGCAAAUAACGAAAACGGCAACACCAAAACAUUACGACCACACCCGGAACGACUAAAAGUGGAGGAAGAAGCGGAUUCGGAUACCGAUGAUGAAGAAAUGGAGAAGGAAACGAAAGCCAAGAAAUAUGUCCCACCGAAGGUCAUGGCCGUUUACUAUAAUGGCCUUUCAUCCGAAUUAGUUUACGACCCAGUAGAAAAAAAAAAUGCUACGAUCCAGCACUAUUUAUCUGCUAAUAGGAAUGAUGAUAGUAUCGUGAGGAGAAGGAAGCAGAAGGAUUUGGAGAAGCAAAAAUACGAAGAAGAUUAUCUCAUUCGCUUGCAAGUGUCGAAAAAGGAGAGACAUAAGAAAAGACUCGAAAAUCGGCAGAAUAUUCUGGACGAAUUAUUACAUUUUGGUAAUUAUAUGGCGGUGCAAAAUGCUGAAGAUGAGGGUGGACGACGGGCAGGCAAGAAGCGAACAAAACUGGGAAGAAAAGGAAAACUCUCCAAAAAGCCACGCCUCGCAAUGAAGAAUAAAAAGGAAAAGAAUUCGGUAAUAACCAGAAAUACACGUUCGACAGCAGUGCCUCAUAGCGCUGGUACAUGCUUGAUGACAUCCGAGCAUUUCGCGGAUAUCUUCACGGUGGCGAUCUGA